AUGACACUCACCUAUUCGUCACCAUUGGACCCUCAACGAUCUUCAUUUCUAAACAUCUCAUUAGUACCAAAUGAAUUUGCACUAAGCAACUCUAAUUACCGAGACCUGCCGUUUAUGGUUGCUUGGUGCGCUCCACAGCAAAAUCUGGAAAUUCAAAUGAUUGUAGGCAAAGCUGUAGAAACGGCACUCAAAGCCGGUUAUAGACACAUCGAUUGCGCUUGGAUUUACGGGAAUCAAGCAGAGAUCGGCGAAACUUUGAAGCAUUUGUUUUCAUCUGAUUAUAAGCAAGAACAAAUACAAUGGCCAGAUAAAAAGGCAAAAUUGCAAAAAUCUCCUGUAGGUGGUGAGCAUUAA